AUGCGUGUCGCCACAUCUCUUCAUGUUCCUUUGUCUCCAAGCCACGCAGACGGGUCAGUCGGAAGAUCAGCGCGACCAAUCUCUUUGGCAUGUCUAGCCCUGUUCGCACAUUCUACGUCUGCGACACCAGGAGUGGCAGACGGUUCCUGGUUGAUACUUGUGCCCACCUGAAUGUCAUCCCUCCAACAGCAACUGGCUGUCGGUGUCCCAACCCUGGCCGCCUCCUCCUCCUCCUCCUCCUCCUCCUCCUCCUCCUCCGCCAAUUGCCAUCCUCGGUUCCCGCUCACUCUCAUUGGACAUCCGCCCUCGGCGUCUCUUUCCUUGCGUCUUUGCCGUUGAGGACGUGUCCUGUGCCGUUCUCAGUGCAGACUUUCUUGCUACCUCGGAUCAUCUGAUGGACUGUCGUCAGUCACGUCAACGAGACCAGACCACUAAACGCCACAUCAGGGGUGCCCCUUCGUCCGAAGUCUCCCGCCAACCUGCCACUCUGGACCCUGACGCCGACAGUCCUUAUCGGCAGCUCCUCGCCAAGUACUCCGGCUUUAACCGUCCAAACUUCAGCACAUCUGCCCCACGUCUUGCUGCCGUCAAGGUCGACUUUGAGCACAUGCUUUAG